GGUGCUGUAGGAAGUACUGGAGGAUUACAGAAUACGUUAUCGACAGAUCAUGGAGCAGGACAUAGGCCCAGUAAUGCUUCAGAAAAGCCCGCGGAUGGUGUUUGCCACAUUUCGCAAAGUCCCUUCAGAAUAUUAAGAGCGGCCGAGAGUGGUAAUUUAGAUAUUUUCCAACGGCUUUACUAUGACGAUCCUACUCGUCUGGUUAUACAAGACAGCCGUGGAAGAACACCCGCUCAUCAAGCUGCUGCCAGAAACAGAGUCAAUAUUCUACAAUUUAUCCUAGAACAAGGAGGAGACUUGAACAUUUUGGAUUAUGCAAACAAUACACCUCUGCACAUAGCUGUUGAACACGAAUCGUUGGACGCCGUUGAUUUUUUGUUAGCUAAAGGUGUGAAAACUGAUAUUUUAAACGAAAAAAAUCAAGCUGCUAUCCACCUGGUGACGGAACUUAAUAAGGUGAAGGUAUUGGAAGUGAUGAGUCGACAUAAAGAAAAAAUCAACAUCCAACAAGGAGGCGAACAUGGCAGAUCGGCGCUGCACAUCGCCGCUAUUUACGAUCAUGAAGAAUGUGCCAGAAUUUUAAUUUCAGAAUUUGGCGCUUGUCCGAAGAUACCUUGUAACAACGGCUAUUAUCCCAUUCACGAAGCUGCCAAGAACGCUUCUUCAAAAACUCUAGAAGUCUUUCUACAAUGGGGUGAAUCUAGAGGAUGCAGUAGACAGGAAAUGAUCUCGUUUUACGAUUCCGAAGGUAACGUUCCACUCCAUUCAGCUGUCCACGGAGGUGAUAUCAAAGCUGUAGAAUUAUGUAUAAAAUCCGGUGCUAAAAUUUCCAUCCAACAACAAGACCUUUCAACGCCCGUUCAUUUAGCUUGCGCUCAAGGUGCCACCGAAAUAGUUAAAUUAAUGUUCAAGAUGCAACCCGAAGAGAAAAUGGCUUGUCUACAAUCUUGCGACGUCCAAAAAAUGACGCCGCUCCAUUGCGCCGCUAUGUUCGACCAUCCGGAAAUUGUUGAAUAUCUAAUACAAGAAGGCGCAGAUAUCAACGUUAUGGAUAAGGAAAGAAGAUCUCCAAUGCUACUAGCCGCUCUUAGAGGUGGAUGGAGAACGGUACAUACUUUGAUUAGAUUGGGUGCAGAUAUAAACAUCAAAGAUGUCAAUAGAAGGAACGUGCUUCAUUUGGUGGUUAUGAAUGGAGGGCGAUUAGAAAAAUUCGCAACCGAAGUAAGUGAGUCGAAAUCUAAAGAAAGCCUUCUUCAACUUCUAAACGAAAAGGACAUCAACGGUUGUUCUCCUUUACAUUACGCCAGUAGAGAAGGGCAUAUUAGAAGUUUGGAAAAUCUUAUUCAUCUAGGAGCUUGCAUUAAUCUGAAGAACAAUAACAAUGAGAGUCCCUUACAUUUCGCUGCCAGGUAUGGCCGAUACAACACCGUUAAACAACUGUUAGAUUCAGAAAAAGGCACUUUUAUAAUCAACGAAAGCGACGGCGGUGGAUUAACCCCAUUACAUAUAGCUUCUCAACAAGGGCACACAAAAGUUGUUCAACUUCUACUCAACAGAGGAGCAUUAUUGCACAGGGACCACAACGGCAGGAACCCAUUGCACUUGGCAGCCAUGAACGGAUUCACUCAGACGAUUGAAUUGCUACUAUCUGUACAUUCCCAUUUACUCGAUCAAACCGACAAAGACGGGAAUACUGCACUACAUUUAGCUACCGUAGAGAAUCAACCAAACGCGAUUGCCUUUUUGCUUUCAGUGGGUUGUAAACUAUUAUAUAAUCACUCGGAAAUGACGGCCAUAGAUUACGCCAUCUAUUAUAAGUUUCCCGAAGCAGCUUUAGCUAUGGUUACUCACGAAGACAGGGCACAAGAAAUUUUAAGCUUAAAAUCCAAUAAACAUCCUUAUGUAACUUUGGCUCUAAUAGCGUCAAUGCCACGAGUUUUCGAAGCCGUUCAAGAUAAAUGCAUCACGAAACCGAAUUGCAAAAAAGAUUCCAAAUCCUUUUAUAUCAAAUACAGUUUUUCCAGUCUUCAAUUGCCUGCUUCGUCUUUGGAAGAUGACAAAAAUGCUAAAAGGGAACCUUUACCGGCUUUAAAUGCGAUGGUGAUUCACGGUAGAGUCGAAUUAUUGGCUCAUCCUUUGAGUCAAAAAUAUUUACAAAUGAAAUGGAAUUCGUACGGGAAAUACUUUCAUCUAGCCAACAUCACUUUUUAUAGCGUGUUUUUAGCUUUCAUCACGGCUUUUUCUUCUCAAUUGAUUCAACAGGAACCCCCUCAAGCUAAUAUCGAUUUCAACGUUACAAAUAUAACCCAUGAGGAAUACGUGAUGAUGAGUAAAUUACGUAUACUACGACAUAUCCAUAUCAGUCCGAUGAUGUAUAUCUGUGCCUUGGGUAUAAUAGUCUACAUUGGUAUUAAUAUAUUCAGAGAAGCUCUUCAAUUGUACCAGCAGAAAUUUUUCUAUUGUAUGGACCCCAUGAAUUUGGUAACGUGGUUAUUGUACGUUUCGGCUCUCGUUAUGGUUUUACCGAUAUUUCGUGGUACCGAAACCAUGUUUGAUUUGCAAUUUUCCAGCGCUUCGUUGACCGUAUUUUUGAGUUGGUUCAAUUUGUUGUUGUUAUUACAGAGAUUCGAUCAAGUUGGAAUAUACGUGGUCAUGUUUUUAGAAAUUUUACAGACGCUAAUCAAAGUAUUAAUGGUAUUUUCGAUAUUGAUUAUAGCUUUUGGUUUAGCUUUCUACAUAUUAUUAUCAAAGGGUGAACAUCUUUCUUUUAAGACAAUUCCUAUGUCGUUAGUUAGAACGUUUUCUAUGAUGUUGGGGGAAAUAGAUUUUCUCGGUACUUACGUUAAACCGUAUUAUUUAACCAACGACGGGCAAGAUCGAUCUUUUUUACCCUUUCCGAUUCCAGCUUUUUUCAUUUUGGGUUUAUUCAUGGUUCUAAUGCCUAUUUUGUUGAUGAAUCUUCUCAUUGGUUUAGCUGUUGGAGAUAUAGAAUCUGUCAGAAGAAACGCUCAACUCAAGAGAUUAGCUAUGCAGGUUGUUUUACAUACCGAAUUGGAGCGUAAACUUCCGACGUUUUUGCUGGAGAAAGUCGAUAAGAUGGAAUUAGUUGAAUAUCCUAAUGAAUGCAAAGGCAAAGGUGGUGUAUUAGACUUAAUUUUAAGGAAAUGGUUCGGUUGUCCAUUUUCAGAUGAUGGUGCAGUUGAUAUAGCAAUGGACAAUACAGAUGAUUACAUAGUUGCCGAAUUGGACAAAACUAAGAAAAAAUUGAGGGAAAUUACAAAAACAUUGGAGAGGCAACAACAAUUUUUACGUCUCAUCGUACAGAAAAUGGAAAUAAAGACUGAAGCUGACGAUGUAGACGAAGGAAUUCCAUCUAGUAACUUGAAUAGGGUGAAUUAUGGUUCUAAUAAAUGGACGUCACCGAAAAUUCGAAAGAAGCUCAGGACUGCUAUCAGUUUCACAAAUAAGAGUAACUCUUAAAAUAUUAGACAAAAAGUUAUUUGAAAUUUAUAUUUUCUUAUUGUUAUCACGAAUUAUCAAAAAUAUAUUCAUAAAAACAAGAAAAAUCAUUGUUGAGAAAAGUUACUAAAAACAAACAAAAUGUUUUGUUACUGAAAAAAAAAUUAAAACGAGAAAUUAUUGAUAUUUCUAUAUAAUCAGUUAGUUAACCAAAAUUGAUUCAAAUAUCUCAUUUUUAUUUACAAAUUCAUUUACUAAUUACGAUAAAAACGAUAAUUUCCGCCCGUCCAUCAUUUUCCUCGAAUUUUUUUCAUCCAUUCUUUUUAGCCACUCUGUAGAUGAGAUAAAUAUCUUCCUGAAGGUCCACUUUCGCAGAGCUUUUUUCGUCGUCACCUCUGUAUACAAUUUGAUCUCAAUCGGUUUAUUUUUUUUCCAUGUGCUUUUUUUGUAAUUUUCCAUUUAAAUUGCUUUUAUAGCUAUUUCCGUAAUCAUUAUCAUAAAUCAUUAUUGGUAUUUUGCGUGAUCACACAUUAUAUUUUUUAUUUUUAUAAACUGCAUCAUUUUCGUAAAUAGUGAAUUGAUACAAAUUAUCAUUUAAAACAAUUUUGAUAUUUAUUUGCUAAACAAUAUCUUAACCAAUUUAUUUUAUAUAAAACUGUUAGAUAAAUGAUUUAUUCAUCAUUGAAAUGAUGAAAAUAUAUGUCGUGUUAGUUUUAAAAAAUUAUAUUGUAUGUUGAAAAUUGGAAAAUAUUAAUUUUUGUAUGCCGGCAGAGCAAAUAAGCACACGUUUGUCAAUUUUCAAAAUAAAAAAUUCACAGAAA